UUGCCUAGUUAAAUAAAGGUUAAAUAAAAAAAAUACAAAAUACACGCAUACACGCGCGUGCACUCGCACGGCGAAGGGGAAUCACUGAAGCUUGGAUUUCACGUCGAGACGAUCUUGCCCAAUGCAAUAUGUUGCUAAUCUGGCUGCGCGUUCAAUCAUAUCAGAGAGCCGCUUCAUGUUUAUCAACGUCAACCAGGGAAACCAGAGGCGGUUUUAUCUCUUGCCCGAGCUCUCUCACUUUUUAACAAGGACGUACAUAGCCCACGCGUAAAACCUCGACAGGACACGUGUAAUUUUGAGUCAGAACGGAGGAAAUAGAAGCAGGUUUUCUUCUAGGUUCUGAAUAACACGGGUGAAGUUUUGAUUCAUUAGAAUCUGCAACGCAUCGAACGCUUACUGUCAAAGUGCAUGUGUUUUUUAGUAACAAGAAGGAACGUUAUAGCAAUUUCUUAAUUUCGGAAAUUCAAAGCAACUAUUCUUUGCAAGGGGUCCUACAAAUUUUCAGAGAAUGGUAAAUGAUCGAUGGAAAAUCAUGAACAGUGUUUCAGAACUCGAAGAUGGACAUCAGCAUAAAUCUCAGAGGAUGGGCUGUAGCUACUUCCUGUGCACCAUCAUGCUCUUCGUGGCCGUCCUCUUGGCCGUCACAGCAACGGGUACCAUCCUCUUCAUGAACCACUACCAAGCCCCGCCCCCCGGCACUAACAACGGCCCCCCACUCAUCUCCACCAACCAGGAUGAGGGCAAUGCCCUGGUGACGGUCGAGCGGGGCGACGGCUCACGCAUCAACAUUUUCAUCGACCCCAACUGCCCCGACUACAACAACAACUUCCUGCGGCUGGAGGGUGUGCAGACUUCUCUGCUCCACUCGCUGACCGACCACGACACGAGCCUAAAGUCAGUGAAGGGCCAGGACCGAGCCUUGCUGGUGAAGUUGGCUGAGGAGGUGGCCAAGCUCUCGGCCCACGCCAGCCAGCUCAGGUUGGAGUACGAAUCUCUGAGGCGAGGCCAGGGGAACCUGGGACAAGAGCUCAACACUCUGCAAACGGAGCAAGGCCGACUUAUCCAGCUGCUGUCUGAGAGCCAGAUCAACAUGGUGAAGGUGAUGAACUCAGUGAACGAUGCUCUCAACUCCAUGCAGAAGGAGACGGGGAACCUGAAGAGCAAGUUCAAGGCAGACCUCCAGAGAGCACCUGUUCGCAGUGCCCGGCCCAAAGGCUGCUCCAAUGGCUCCAGACCUCGGGACUGCAGCGAUAUCUACGCAAGUGGUCAGCGGGAGGAUGGGAUCUACUCUGUCUUUCCCAUGCACUACCCUGCUGGCUUCCAGGUCUUCUGUGACAUGACAACAGACGGAGGAGGAUGGACGGUCAUUCAGCGCAGAGAGGACGGCGCAGUGAACUUCUUCCGAGCAUGGGACGCAUACCGCGACGGCUUCGGCAAGAUCACAGGGGAGCACUGGCUUGGUUUGAAGAGGAUGCAUGCCUUGACCAUCCAAGCCAACUACGAGCUGCGAAUUGACCUGGAGGACUUUGAGAACAGCACAGCUUUCGCCCAGUACGGAGCCUUUGGAGUGGGACUGUUCUCUGUUGACCCAGAUGAGGAUGGCUACCCGCUGACUAUUGCUGACUACUCAGGCACUGCAGGUGACUCAAUGCUCAAACACAAUGGGAUGAAAUUCACCACCAAGGACCAAGAUAACGAUCACUCAGAGAACAACUGUGCCUCCUUCUACCACGGUGCCUGGUGGUACCGCAACUGCCACACGUCCAACCUGAACGGACAGUACCUGCGUGGGCAGCACACUUCCUACGCCGACGGCAUCGAGUGGUCCUCCUGGACGGGUUGGCAGUACUCCCUCAAAUUCGCAGAGAUGAAGAUUAGGGCCACGAGAGAGGAGAACAAAUGAGAUGGAAACAAUACUACGAGAAACCAUAGACUAAUGGACUUAGGUGUUUUUAAAGACACUCAACCUGCCGAGAAUCAGAAUGAGGACUAUGCUCAUACUGUAACCCCUGUCCAAAAACAUUCAAAUCCCCUCUUGUGGUGUUGUGUUGAAGCCUCCAAGGUUUUGUAACCUUUUGCAAUCUCUCGCUGAUCUGAUCAUGUUUGUAAUAAUUAUGUCAAAAUGAUGCAGGUAAUGUCAGAACUACAGUAUCGUUGUGGAAUUUUGAAAUAUGAAAUGUUAGGAUUUCUCUCAUUCCCUUAUUAAAUUAAUAGAAUUUCUUACAGUUUAUUUUGGCUGUCCCUGUUACUUGUAUGUACAGUUAUCUUUGCAUCUGACAGCAUCCUGAGUUCUCCUAAGUGUUACGCACUGGUUUCGGUGAACCAGGUUUGCUUGAUGAGUAACCUUGCUUGAGACCUAGAGACUUGUGUUAGCUCCCCAAGCUAAUGCUUAGGCUUUAGCUCAGUGGGCUAUGACCAUAUUGUGGCGCACAGGAAACGUGGGUUUGAACCCGGUCAGCUACAUGAGCUCCUGGUUGACCCCUAGCUCCUGGUUAACCCCUAGCUCCUGGUUGACCCCUUGCUCCUGGUUGACCCCUAGCUCCUUGUUAAUCCCUAGCUCCUGGUUGACCCCUAGCUCCUGGUUGACCCCUAGCUCCUGAUUGACCCCCUAGCUCCUAGUUGACCCCUAGUUUCUGAUUGACCCCUGGCUCCUGGUUAACCUCUAGCUAAUGUUUGACCCCUAGCUCCUGGUUGACCUCUAGCUAAUGGUUGACCCCUAGCUCCUGGUUGACCCCUAGCUCCUGAUUGACCCCUAGCUCCUGGUUGACCCCUAGUUUCUGAUUGACCCCUAGCUCCUGGUUAACCUCUAGCUAAUGGUUGACCCCUAGCUCCUGGUUGACCCCUAGCUUCUGAUUGACCCCUAGCUCCUGGUUAACCUCUAGCUAAUGGUUGACCCCUAGCUCCUGGUUAACCCCUAGACAUACCUUGUGAUCAUGUGUCAGUCCUGUGCCCAGUAAGACACAUUCAUGACAAAGACAUUAUAUCAGUCAGACAGGGGUUUUCAAGCCAAUCAGUUCAUAAAUGGCAGCCUCGUUUUUUAUGUAACAUUUUCAAAAGACAUUGACCCCACAAGACUGGCUUUGAGUGGCAUGCGUGUGUGACCUGUGACAAUGGUAGUAGAGAGAAGAAGAGCAUAGGUGAGGGGGCUCGGCCAGCGGGCUGGGCCAAUUAUGAUCAGAGGCCUGUAUCUGUGUAGACUUCCAGUUGGUGGUGGAAUCCUUCUCAGACAGUAGCUACUAGCCUAUAAGUUCAGCUCCUUGUCAUGUGGAGGCUUCCCUGUCUCUCACUUUCUCUCCCUUACUUUACAAUCACUGAGAGACAAGUCUGUUCACUGACAUGCUGUCUUGACUCAACUCAAAUGUUUCAGUAUACUGGUUUUUGGCUACAUGUACACAGGCAGCCCAAUUCAUUAAUCAGAUCAGCUCUGAAAAAGAUUUGAUGUGAAAAGAUCUGAUGUGAUUGGUCAAAAGACCAAGGAGUGUAAAAAAAGAUCAGAAUGUGGCUAUCUGUGUAAACGCAGCCUUCUAGUCUCAGUCCUCUUCAGUGAUGCGUCUGUACAGGAGGUGGUUAAUAAAUAAGGCAAACCGUGUCCUUUACUCAGUACCAAAUAUUGAGAUUCCCUAUCGGGCACCCACAGUAGAAAAAAAACAUAUCCAAAACGUAUUAUUUGUGUCAUAAUACAACGACUUCUGGCAACUCAUUCCCCACAAAAAGCAGCCAGUUGGCCAGGCAUUGAAUGGCAUUGUGUCACUGGUACAGUAGGACUGUACAGUGUGUCUUUCUCCUUCUUUACAGUGACUUGGCAUUGCUUUAGAUGCCUUUGUGGCAGCAGACAAUUGUACAUCUGUGUGGUGCCUCGUCAGCUGUAAAAGUCAGAAUGACAACAUGUCAGGUAGGCUAGCGGCAGGUAGGUAGCCUAUAAGACUGUUGAGCAUGUUGCCGAAGGUAACCGAAGCCUAGCGGAAAAAUAAGUUGUUGUGAUCUUGAGCAAGGCACUUAACCCUAAUUGCUUCUGUAAGUUGCUCUGGAUAAGAGUGUCUGCUAAAUUACUAAAAUGUAAAAAUGUGUUGUUACAAAGUUGUAGUGGCACGUUGAGGCUCACAAAUUGGAGUCUUGAGACGACAUUAUGUGGUAGUUAUGUGUUUACUGGGAAUGUGGUGGUCUUCUAUGAAUUCUGUAUUAUGUUGCAGCCAUUGUUUAUUUACUGUAAUCAUGUAUUUAUUUAUUUCCUUAUUUAACCUCUAUUUGUUUUGUCAUGAUGUGGCUAAUGUUUCCAUUUAAAGGUUGAGUGAAAACAUAUCUUAUUAACCUCACCAAUAUGUGAUAGGUAGAGAGAUCUGUCUAAGUUUGGCUGAAGCUCAAAAGAUGGAAUUCGCAGUAAGAGAAACUACGCAACUGUCUGCCCAACGUCCGUUGUUAUUGUUUUGUUCAUGAAGCAGGGCAGAGAUGUCCGUGGGGGGGAAAAAACAGUGUUUGUUGUUUACAGUAACUUCUUUGUUGUUGUAAUAUCGCAAUCUAACGUGGCAGUUUAACCAAUAAGGAGUCCAGCUUGAAGAUGAGAUUUUGAUGUUGAUAUUAUUUUGAGUCUGUUUAUAAUGGUCUGCUGUUGUUGUAAAAGAUCCCUCAGUCCAAUAUGAGCACUUUAAAAGCAGAUACGUUGCGAUUGACAUACAGUAUAAUUUGUAUGUUUUUGUCUCAAAAGGAAUAAAAAAAUAAACCACUGUU